UCCCCGGGUCGCGCGCGCUCCGGAAGCCGGUCCGAGUGGGAGCCGGAGUCCGCGGCGGCGGCUGCGAGGCAGGCGGCGAGCAUGAAGAGGCAGGCGGCGGCCGCCGAGCGCAGACGGGCGCGGAUGCCGUCCGGGACGGCCGGAGCAGCAAAUGGAUUUCUUAUGGAAGUAUGUGUUGAUUCAGUAGAGUCUGCAGUAAAUGCAGAAAGAGGAGGUGCUGGUCGGAUUGAAUUAUGUUCCAGCUUAUUAGAAGGAGGAACCACACCCAGCAUGGGUGUCCUCCAAGUCGUGAAGCAGUGCGUCCAGAUCCCCGUCUUCGUGAUGAUCCGGCCACGGGGAGGUGAUUUUUUAUAUUCGGACCGUGAAGUUGAGGUGAUGAAGGCUGACAUUCAUCUCGCCAAGCUCUACGGUGCUGAUGGUUUGGUAUUCGGGGCGCUGACUGAAGACGGGAGCAUCGACAAAGAGUUGUGCAUGUCCCUCCUGGCCAUUUGCCGUCCUCUGCCAGUCACUUUCCACAGAGCCUUUGACAUGGUUCACGAUCCAGUGGCAGCUUUAGAGACCCUCUUAACCCUGGGGUUUGAACGUGUGUUGACCAGUGGAUGUGACAGCUCAGCACUGGAGGGGCUCCCCCUAAUCAAGCGACUCAUUGAUCAGGCAAAAGGCAGAAUUGUGGUAAUGCCAGGGGGUGGCAUAACAGAUCGGAAUCUACAAAGAAUCCUUGAGGGUUCGGGUGCUACAGAAUUCCACUGUUCUGCUCGGUCUGCCAGAGACUCAGGGAUGAAGUUUCGAAAUCCCUCUGUCGCCAUGGGAGCCUCACUUUUGAACUCAGAGUAUACUUUCAAGAUCACAGAUGUGACCAAAGUAAGAACUUUGAAUGCUAUUGCACAGAAUAUUCUGGUUUAGAGAGACGUCUCCGAGACAGCUGUCGCAGGGCGGAGGGAGAAGAGCAGUCUGCAAGGGUUCUGUGACCCUGCUUUCCCCUUCAUCUUGGGCCAGGGCAGUCACAGGUUUUGCUUUGCUUCUCGUAUGGCCACGGAGAAUGUUUCCAAGAAGAGACAGAACUUGAAGCAGAGCUAUAAUCACUUCCUUUGCCUCAUCAUCCCAGCUAGAUCCACCAUCAUCAUCAUGGUUAAAUCUGGUGUUUGCUUCUUCUAUAGGCUGAUUAGUUUGUAUCUGAUGGAAUUAAUUGAUGAGCUGAAAAUACACAACUGCGAGGUUUAAAUUCAAAAUGUAACUUAGUUUCAAAUUUAAUAGAAAUACUUUGCUUUUUUAUUUGAAAAAUAAAAAUUUCUAUUCUAUUA